AUGGCGAAGCUCCCGGACAGAUACUUUGAGAUUGGGAAAAUCGCAACAGGAGGAUUCGCAACAAUCUACCGAGCCGUAGAUCUGGAGACAGGCUUGGUCGUAGCUCUCAAGGAUACCAUAUAUAAUUGCUCGUCCAGGUCUGCGACGAAAGCGAUGCGUCGGGAAAUCGCAAUCUUGCGGAAUAUUCAACACUGCAAUAUUGUAAGGUGCUAUGAUAUCCAAAGAGCCACUGAAGAGUCUAGAUAUUUCAUUUCUAUGGAGCUUUGUAAUUGCGAUUUACAUGACUUCAUUCGGGCCUUUCGUCAUAAGAGGCGACGCAUUCCCGAAGCUACAGUGCUCACGAUGAUCAAGGAUAUUGCAUCCGCAUUAGCAUUUCUCCAUAAUCCCAUUAAUUUUACGACUAUCGAUUCGCUCGACGCCGACGAAGACUCUAUACGGGUCAUAAUCCACAGGGACGUGAAGCCUGGGAAUAUAAUGUUGGCAAAUGACGGCUUCUUCAAGCUUUGUGACUUCAACUUGGCACGAGAAAUCAACACGGUUACUGGGGCUAUGUCUAACACCGGUACCAUUGCGUACAUGGCGCCUGAGCUUCUUGAUGGCAAGAAAUAUGAUGAGAAAGUUGACCUGUGGUCUCUUGGAUGCACAAUUCACGAAAUGUGCAUGUAUUACUCCCCAUUUCACAAUCAGUCUAUAACUCAAGCUUUGAAUAAUAUUAUGAUGGGCAGAUACGACUCUAUAUGUAAUUUUUAUUCUGAACGUUUACGAAAGCUGGUUCAGAUGCUUCUCUCCAUCAAUCCACUAGACAGACCAAGCGCAGCAGAGCUCUUGGGGCAUCCUCUCUUAGCAGAUAUCCGUAAAAACCUGGGAGAGCCUUCUCAAGCACGCUCAGAUGACGACCGAAUGGGAAGACUUGUAAAGAGGGCUGGGCCAUCGAACAAAUCCACUGAUUCUGAACACAGGCAGCCCUUCCCGCGGCAAUCGGCCCCCGAACAUGAGAAGCCUCUUACACCUACAAGGUCUCCGUACAUGAAGCAGCUAACGCAAGUAUCCAAUGGAAAAGCAGCCCAGCUGCUGAACCUAGAGAAGAAGGUAGAACGUACCCAAACACCAGGACGAGUAUUCAAGCAAUUAAAGUAUCCAAUUAUAAUACCUGAUAAACAUAUAGAUGAACCUAGGAUUGAGGAUACUCCGACUGUGCGCGCUAAGACACCAAGCGAGGGCAAUCAGGAGCGGGAACAAGAGGAUACCAAGCAACCUCAACAUAUUCCUUAUACACCUACAUAUAAGCUAGGAUCUGAAACUCAGCAUGUUCAAAGUUAUCCUACGUUACAACACACAUCCAAUUCUCCACGACGGCAAGGUGUGAUAAGUGCAGGGUCAACUGGUGUCACCAAAGUAUCGGCUCAACAAUACGGUCAGGUAGGUGCACCCGAUCUCCAUCAUCCUCAAUUGCAGGUUGAGGACCGCGGCCAGCACCAACACACCCUUCUGGCGUCUUCUGCGGGACGGAGGUUGUCUGAACAUGCCCUUAAGCGCUCCCAAUCGAACCUCCAAACCAAACCGGAGGCACUGCAAUCUCCAGUAGAGACAGCAUUAAUUGUAGCUGCUACCCAAAAUAAUAAAAAGGGUGUUACUUUGAAUUUAAAGCAGGCGGGCUCGUAUAAUUCAGCUGGGAUGACAGCACUUCAUAUUGCAGCCCACAACAACUACUACAGCAUAAUCCCGCUUCUCUUAGAGAAGGAAGGUAGAAUGACCAUGAUUCGUGCAUACAAAUACAGGGGGGUUCGCUACCAGGGCUUGACAGCGCUCCAUAUUGCAGCAAUCAAUGGCUACGUUGAGUCAGUGUCAGUUUUGGCAACCACAGAAGCUAAGCAACAGGAUGCACUGAACUCGCAAACCGCCCUGAUGCUGUGCGCCAUUCACAAUCACAUAGAGUGUGCGCGGAUUCUUAUAGCUUACGAACGAGCCUGUCGCGAUGCCAAUGGAAUGACGGCCCUGAUUCACGCUAUUGACUCUGAGAACAUAGAACAUGUGCGGCUACUAGCUCACUUGGAGAACACUGUCGAAGAUACCAAUGGUAGAACUCCUUUGACAUAUGCUGUAGCAAAGGGAAACACCGAUAUCAUACGUGUUUUGCUUCCACUGCAUAAUAAGAGCGACGUCAGCAAAUCCAUUGACACGGUUCGCCAAGCAAAGCUCCUCUCGGACCGGAAACUCGAUGAAAUUGAGCGUUACAUGAGGAAGUAUGUGUAG